CUCUGCAGAUAGAGAAAUUUGCGCUGCGGUUUUUUACUAUCUAUGAAACAGAAAAGUUCAUGAAUCUAGUGAAGGAAAUCUUGGAAAAUGGACGCCCUAAGCUGCUUCAAUGCCCUGAAUUUUACUCCGAAUUGUCAUCUCAAGCUGAGGUCGUACCUUCUGAUGUACCAACAUGCAGGACCAAGGUGGAUUGGCAGCGCACAGCAUCAGCACAAAACCAACCAGAGCUUCCGAGCUCCGAACUUAACGCAGCUCAAGAUUCAGAAUCAUAUGAAAGGAUGAGAGAUUAUGAAGCUGCAGACACAGUGUCAGUGUUUCCUCCCAGUUUCACAGAGUUGCUGAAGAACUGCCUCCCUGCAGUUUCUGAAGCAGAAAAGCCAACAGAAUGUGGAGCAGAUCUUAAAAUCCAAUUUAUGCGUUAUCUGGAAGGAACUUCUUUUAAAGAGUUACUUGCUACAGUAGAGAAUGUUGUCAGUGAAUUGGGAGAUGAUAUAGUGCUAUAAAUUCCUAUAAUGGAGCCUCUCGGGUGACCCCACUUUUCUCUUAGAGCAAGUUUAAUGUAACAAGCUUGUAGAUGCGCUGUUCUUUUGUACUGGUUUUAAACUCUCUUUCUCUCGCUGCUGUUUGAUGGUGAAAUACACUGGAAAUAUGAAAAGCUGCUAUUAGCAUAUAUAUUUUACCUUAUGUAACAUCGCGUUCUUAUGAUACAACUGUGUUUUCUUUACCUUCUCUGUUGCAUGCAUUAUUUGAAUGAAUGUAUGAAAGAGAAACAGGAAAAAGUUUGAAAUGCAACCCAAAACUAGUGAAAUUGAACUGAAUCAUUUUCAGUUGACAGCCCUGCAUUGUUUCCUGAUUUGUCCCUGAUUUCCUGUGAGCACUUCGAUCUCCCCCAUUUUGAUGAUGGCACUUGUAAAUUUCGCUAUCCACCCCUGCUGAUCGAUGGCAUAUUUCUCCAUGAUU